UGUUUCAUCGGAAUGUUUCCGAUGAAUACGACCCCCAUUUCUGAUGGAUUUAUCUUUCUUUUGUUCUGUCGUAGGACAAAAUCAGAGAAUUUCCAAUGGCAUUUUCUUUUCUUUUGAACUGUAACGGACAAUCGAAGUGAUUUUCCAAAAAUGCGAUUUUUCUUGUUUUUCCGUUAAUUUUUCAGACACAAAACAAAUUUUUGGGGCUUCUGGAGUACCUCGGGGCGCUCUGGAGCCCCUGGGAAGCCUUUCUGGGCAGAAAUUGGGGUUUGCAGAAAUUUUGACGGUUGGGGAUUUUACACGACUCGGUUUUCUCGGAAAUGGAUUUUCGGAACAUUCCGAAUUUUUGAUGCCAAUUGAUGCGGCGUCGCCACCUAGGCGCGAAAACACAAUUUCUCUGUGAAAAUUCCCCAAAAAAUGCAAGAAAAUUGGGAAAAACCUUCCGUGCGAAGGAGACAACAAUAGUGACGUGCGAGUGCGAACUGCAUAACGAUCUUAUCGACAAUUUGACAACAAAAGAAGCCAACUUCAUACUGCAAAACACAUGUCAAAGUUGUCAAAAAAAGCAAAACAAAUAAAAAACACGUGAAAAAACAAAAAAUAAACAAUUUCCGGCUAAAAAACAAUUUGGAAAGCAUGUCAAGUAGUGAAGAUGAGGCCCCACAAGCAACUGGACCCGUUGAGAAUGCGUGGAGUCUGAAGAUUCCUGAAUUUCGUCCAGAAGACAACCCAAAUGGAUUGCUGGAGGAGAGUUUCUUUGCCACGCUCUUCCCGAAAUACCGUGAAAAGUACCUCAAGGAGUGCUGGCCACACGUGAAGAAGUGCCUGGAGGAGCAUCAUAUCCGUGCGGAACUGGACCUCAUUGAGGGGAGUAUGGUGGUGAAGACAACCCGCAAAACUUGGGAUCCGUACAUCAUUAUCAAAGCACGCGAUAUGAUCCGUUUGCUGGCCAGGAGUGUCCCCUUUGAGCAGGCAAAACGCGUGCUGGAGGACGAGGUGGGGUGCGAUGUGAUACAAAUCGGGAAGAUCUGCAGGAAUCGCGAGAAAUUCGUCAAGAGGCGUCAACGUUUGAUCGGUCCCAAUGGGGCAACUCUCAAAUCCAUUGAACUCCUCACGAAUUGCUAUGUCCUGGUGCAGGGGAACACUGUUUCAGCUCUGGGUCCCUACCGUGGUCUUCAGUACGUACGAGAGAUUGUCAUUGAUACCAUGAAUAACGUCCAUCCGAUCUACAACAUCAAAGCAUUGAUGAUUAAACGGGAACUCGCGAAAGAUCCAAAUCUCAAAAAUGAAGAUUGGACGCGAUUCCUGCCGAAAUUCCGCAAUAAGAACGUUAAGCGCAAGCAACCCAAGAAGAAGGUGAAAAAGGAGUACACACCAUUCCCGCCACCGCAGCCUGAGAGCAAGAUUGACAAGCAAUUGGCAUCCGGAGAGUACUUCCUCAAGGAGGAUCAGAAGCGUGCGAAGAAACUCAAGGAGCGGGAGGAGAAACAGAAGGUUGCCGCCAAGAAGCAGGAGGAGAAGCGCAACAAGGACUUCCAACCACCACCGGAGGAGCCAAAGUCCAAAAAAGCUAAACCGGCGGAGGAGGGAACUUUGGAUGUGAAGAAGUUGAAGGAGAAAAUAAGAAAAAUCAAUAAAAAGCAAGUUAAAUCUUAAAAAUAA